CGAUGCUGGAAAAACGUCAAAUCCCUAGAUUUAUAUACUCUUGAUACGGUUUAUUGUGUGUUGAAGAAAGUACUUGAUCAAAUCAGAAUUUUGAAAGAGGUUGUUAUUAACUUGCGCUUGUAACUUGCACUUGUAACUUGCGCUUUCUACAGAAUAAUUUCUCUGUUUCUAUUUCAUUAGCACAUGAAAAUUACCUGCCUUCUUUUGGCAUUUAUUUCCAGUCGCACGCCGAGUUUUCGCAAAACUCUUUGACAUUUGCUUCAUCUUGUAUAUGUUUUCUUUUAUUUUUUAUCCGUACUGGAGAUAAUUGUUGGUUUCUUUUGCUGAUUUUCUCGUUCCGAAACAGGUCUCAACAAUUUUUCAUCACCGAUUUUAUUAUUUUCAAAUGCCAUGACUAAAUAAAUAAGAAUAUAAAUACAAAACCUUCUUCCUAUUUUAUUCAACAUUUUCAAUUUUCCCUAUAACUUGGAAAUGAAGAUCACCGACAAACUAUUAAAAGCUCAUUCAAACGAUUAUUCUUUUGCUCAAACCAAUGGCAUCCAACAUUUGAACCUAAACGAUCAAACUGAUCAAACUGAUCAAAAUGAUCAAAAUGAUCAAAAUAAAAACAGUAAAGAAUCUUCGUCAUCAUCUUCUUCAAUAUUUUCGUCUCUAAUCGAAAAAAGUGACCUGUACCAAAACAAUAAUCAUUACAACCACACCACUUUUUCAUUCGAAUUUUUCCCACCAAAAACCUCUCAAGGUGUUCAAAAUCUCUAUGAUCGAAUUGAUAGAAUGUACAAUUUGAAUCCUUUAUUUAUUGAUAUCACCUGGAAUGCUGGUGGUAAAGUAUCAAAGUUAACCAAUCAAAUAGUUAACGUUACCCAAUCAAUUUUAGGUCUAGAAACCUGUAUGCAUUUAACUUGCACAAACAUGUCAAUAGAUUUAAUUGACAAUGCUUUAUUAAAUGCCUAUAGCUCGGGUUGUCAAAAUAUUCUAGCUUUGAGAGGUGAUCCACCCAUCAAUGAUAACAACAACAAUUCAGAUUCUAGUGCUUUUGAUAACGGAAAAUUCAAAUACGCUAAAGAUUUAAUCAAAUACAUUAGGUCCAAAUAUGGUGAUUAUUUUUGUAUUGGUGUUGCUGGUUAUCCUGAAGGUCACCCAGAAGAAAGUGACUCAGCUGUUUUGUUAUCUUAUUUGAAACAAAAGAUUGAUGCUGGUGGUGACUUUAUUAUAACUCAAAUGUUUUAUGAUGUCGAUAAUUUUCUCAAUUGGUGCAAUGUCCUAAAAAAUGACUGGAAAAUCAGUGUUCCAAUUAUCCCCGGUAUUAUGCCAAUUUCAACUUAUUCGUCUUUUAUAAGAAGAGCCACAUGGAGCCAUAUUAAUAUUCCUGAUUCCUUUCUAUCAGUUUUAAAGCCUUUUAAAGAUGAUGAUGCUAAAAUUAAGGAAUUAGGUGCAGAGUUGAUCACUGAAAUGUGCCGAACUUUAAUUGACUCCAAUUUAGUAAAUCAUUUGCACUUUUAUACAAUGAAUCUUGAAUCUUCUACGAUAUCAAUUUUAGAAAAACUAAACUUACUAAAUAAUUUCGUUAUUAAUAAUUCUGAUAAUAAUGAAAAUGACGAUUAUUUUCCAUGGAGAAAAUCUCUUAAUCCUUCAAGAUCAACUGAAUCAAUCCGUCCAAUUUUUUGGCAAAACAAAAAAUUUAAUUAUUUCAUUCGAACCAAAAAUUGGGACGAGUUUCCCAACGGCCGUUGGGGAAAUUCAAACUCGCCAGCUUUUGGUGAAAUCGACUUAUUUAAUGGUUCAUUAUUAAGACACUCAUCAAACAAAAUAUUAAAACUAUGGGAUAGACCAACUUCUUUAAACAACCUUAUCCAAUUAUUCAUUGAUUACUUAAAUGGUAAGUUAUCAAUGCUACCUUGGUGUGAUUCCCCAAUUAAUUCACUGGAAAUUUCCGAUUAUUUAAAUAAUUUAAUUGAUUUAAACUUUAAAGGAAUUUUAACAGUUAACUCUCAACCAAAAAUUAAUGGGGUAAAAUCCACUUCCAAAAUUCAUGGUUGGGGUCCAAGAAAUGGAUUCAUUUAUAAAAAACAGUAUUUGGAAUUUUUCUUACCAAAAACCCAUUUGAACAAAUUAAUUAAUAAAAUCCAAACAUGUAACGAUAUUUUAAAUAACAAUAAUUCAAAUUAUAACAUCAGCGGUAAAAAUAAUAACAAUAAGAAUGAUGAUUAUAAUAUUCUAUCUUUUUUUGCCGUUGAUAAUUUAGGAACUUUCUAUUCAAAUCUAAAGGACCUAUCCAAAGCAAAUGCUGUAACCUGGGGUAUUUUUCCAAACUGUGAGGUAAUUCAACCAACAAUUGUUGAAAAGGUGUCAUUUUUGGCUUGGAAGGAUGAAGCUUAUAAAUUGACCGAAGAAUGGUUACUGAUUUACAAAAACCAAAAUUCUCAAAUUGAUAUUAAUAAAAAUGAAAAUGAAAAAAUUUAUGAAGAUAAUUUAAAAUCCCAAAAAGUUUUAAGAAAUUUGAUUGAUAAUUAUGUUCUAGUUAAUAUCGUUGAUAAUGAUUAUGUUGGUAAUGAAAAAAUCUUUUCAUUAUUCGAUGAUUUUAAUUGUUUAGAAGAAUAAUGGUGAUGUUAAUGAAAACACCAAAAACAAUAAAGUUCAACCUUUUCAAUUUUUUCCCACUGAUUUUGCUUAAUGGUCUUUCAAAAUAUUUAUAAAUUACGAUUAAAAAAAAAAUUUUUCUCUCUUUUAUUGCUUUUUAUUGUUUUCAUUUUUCUUUUAAUCUUUUCUUAUCUUUUGUUUUUGUUUCCAGUUUUUUGACUUAUUUUGGUUUUAGUGAUGAUGGAAGUUCAACCUGCAUUUUUAUUUAUAUAAUAAAGACAAUAAUGAAAAUAUUGAAUUUAAAAUUUUUUUUAUUAAAGUUCAACCUGCAUUUUUUAAAGUUUUUAAAAUAAUUUUUAAAUUUUCUUUUAUUCUUCAAGGUUUCUAGUUUUCUUUUUAGGUUUUUCAUUAUUGAAAGACAAUUAAACUA